CAGGAGAUGACCAGAGACUUCGGACACAGUACAGGGAUGACCAGACACUGCGGACACAGUACAGGGAUGACCAGAGACUGCGGACACAGUACAUGGAUGACCAGAGACUGCGGACACAGUACAUGGAUGACCAGAGACUGCGGACACAGUACAGGGAUGACCAGAGACUGCGGACACAGUACAGGGAUGACCAGAGACUGCGGACACAGUACAGGGAUGACCAGAGACUGCGGACACAGUACAGGGAUGACCAGAGACUGCGGACAGCACAGGGAUGACCAGAGAGUGCGGACAGCACAGGGAUGACCAGAGACUGCGGACAGUACAGGGAUGACCAGAGACUUUGGAUAGUACAGGGGAUGACUGCUGACCUUUGGGGAGGGGGGGAGCGGGUACCUGAAAAUGUGGACAUAGUACAGGAGAUGAGCAGAGACUGCGGACACAGUACAGGAGAUGACCAGAGACUGUGGAAAUACAACGGCGGCGGGAAUACUGGGCCGGCCGCUCCAUAAGAUGCACAGACAUUUC